AGUCAUGGUGAAUGUUGUCAACUUUGUGCGUGAACAUUGGGUCCACAUUUUGUGUCCAAUGGGAUUUGUUAUUGGUUGCUAUCUGGACAGAAGGAAUGAUGAAAAACUGUCAACUUUUAGAAACAAGAGCCUUUUAUUUAAAAGGGAAUUGAAACCCGGCGAAGAAGUUACCUGGAGAUAAAGACCAUCUAUGAAAUGCUUUUGCCUAAUCAAAUUUGAUUGUAUAACAUAUGGAUGAUGUCUUUGUUACUAUGUCAUCCGUGGAACAAGAACCAUGGCUUUACACUUGAUGUACUUCGUUGCUAGUCUUUAAAAAGUGUAAAGCCACUGGAAAGAAUAAAUACAGUGUGGUUUAAAGCAUACACAAUAAACAGAAAACUAUGUAAAACGCAUUCAUGUGUUAAAACAAAUGAACAUAAUCCCCACCCCAAAGUUCAAUCUUUACUUUGAGACUUUGUGGUGAAUGUAAGUUUCACAAUCUGAAAGCACAUUUUAGUCGUUAUAGAUCUAAAAGGUAGAUUUGUUAUAAAAAAUUAAACAAAAAAUUGAUAGAAAUGUUUGUGACCCUUUUAAAAAAAAUAAAGCAAUAUCCU